UCUGUAAUAUAAAUUCAACUGCUCUAUUUAAAUUUCUCUUUAUCUUUUUUUUUAAUAGAAAAAAUCAGGCAAAGAUAUGCAGAUCUGCCUGGAGAACUGCACAUUAUUGAACUUGAAAAGGAUAAGAAUGGACUUGGACUCAGCCUCGCUGGCAACAAAGACCGGUCGCGCAUGAGCAUAUUUGUGGUGGGAAUUAACCCGGAAGGACCUGCUGCCACGGACGGGCGACUGCGUAUUGGAGAUGAACUGUUAGAGAUAAACAAUCAGAUUCUGUAUGGAAGAAGUCACCAGAAUGCAUCUGCCAUUAUUAAGACUGCCCCAUCUAAGGUCAAGCUGGUUUUCAUCAGAAAUGAAGAUGCAGUCAGUCAGAUGGCCGUUGCUCCCUUCCCAUUACCAUCAAGUUCCCCAUCUUUUAUUGAGGAUCAGAGCAGCACCGAGCCUGUUAGCAGUGAGGAAGACGGCGGUCUCAAAGUUGGUACUAAACAAUCACCGGAAAGUGAAAGCUCCAAAUUGGAAGACAUCUCCCAGGCGGUUAGUCCGGGUGUGGUGGCAGAGCCGCAGAAGGCAAUGGAGUGCUCCACUGACAGCGCUGUCAGCCAAAUGAAACAGCAAAAAUCAAUGAAAGUCUCCUUCAGUGCACAAGAGAUACCUUUAGCACCAACUCCAUCGUACCAUUCAGCAGGUGCAGACUUCACAGGCUGUGGUGGUUUCCAGACUCCUCUCUCAGUGGACCCUGCCACGUGUCCCAUCGUCCCCGGCCAGGAGAUGAUUAUAGAAAUAUCCAAGGGACGUUCAGGUCUUGGUCUCAGCAUUGUGGGAGGAAAAGACACACCCUUGGAUGCUAUAGUGAUACAUGAAGUCUAUGAGGAAGGAGCCGCAGCCAGAGAUGGAAGACUUUGGGCUGGGGACCAGAUAUUAGAGGUUAAUGGGGUUGACCUGAGGAGCGCCAGCCACGAAGAAGCCAUCACAGCCCUGAGGCAGACCCCCCAGAAGGUGCGGCUGGUGGUGUACAGAGAUGAGACGCACUACAGGGACGAGGAGAACUUGGAGUUCUUCCCCGUAGAUUUGCAGAAGAAGGCCGGCAGAGGACUGGGCUUGAGCAUCGUUGGGAAACGAAACGGAAAUGGAGUGUUUAUUUCUGACAUCGUGAAAGGUGGAGCUGCAGACCUUGACGGGAGAUUGAUUCAGGGAGAUCAGAUCUUAUCUGUGAACGGGGAGGAUGUGAGAAAUGCCUCACAGGAGACAGUGGCCACCAUCCUCAAGUGUGCACAGGGGCUUGUGCAGCUAGAGAUUGGAAGACUCCGAGCUGGUUCCUGGGCCUCCUCGAGGAAGACAUCACAGAACAGUCAGGGGAGUCAGCACAGCACUUUGGGCAGCUUUCAUCCUUCCCUUGCUCCUGUCAUCACCAGCCUGCAAAACCUGGUCGGCACAAAGAGAGCUUCGGAUCCUUUGCCCAGAAAUUCAGGCACAGAUACGGGACCAAGGACUGUUGAGAUAAUCAGGGAGCUCAGUGAUGCCCUUGGAAUCAGUAUUGCUGGAGGAAAAGGAAGUCCCUUAGGAGAUAUCCCAAUAUUUAUUGCCAUGAUUCAGGCCAGUGGUGUGGCUGCGCGCACACAGAAGCUUAAGGUUGGAGAUCGGAUUGUCAGCAUUAAUGGGCAACCUCUGGAUGGGCUGUCUCACGCGGACGUGGUUAAUCUGCUGAAGAACGCCUACGGGCGCAUUAUCCUGCAGGUCGUAGCAGAUACCAAUAUAAGCGCCAUAGCAUCUCAGCUUGAAAACCUGUCUACAGGCUACCACCUUGGCUCCCCCACCGCUGAACACCCUCCGGAAGACACAGAAACACCUCCACCUAAGAUUAUUACUUUGGAGAAAGGCUCUGAAGGAUUGGGGUUUAGUAUUGUAGGGGGUUAUGGAAGUCCCCAUGGAGACCUGCCAAUUUAUGUCAAGACUAUAUUUGCAAAGGGAGCAGCUGCAGAUGACGGCCAAUUGAAGCGAGGUGAUCAAAUUUUAGCUGUUAACGGCGAGACUCUAGAAGGUGUCACUCAUGAGCAAGCUGUGGCCAUUCUAAAACGCCAGAGAGGGACUGUAAUAUUAACUGUGCUGUCAUGAGCCUCGGGUCCUGAUCACAAGGUAGACGCUGUAGCAUAUCCAUAGGAAGACGAAGCUGAGAGGAUGAGAGGCAGCCUCCACUCCAGUCCGCCUGCAUUCACUCUUACUGCCCCAUCCUCUGCUCAGGAGAGGUGGCUGAGGUUUCACAUGAAUCUCCCACCUCAGUAACCUCCCUAAUGUUUUCCAGCAUCUGCGCCCUCUUGGUGAGGUUGAAUGCGUCUUAUCCGCUUUGCAUUUAACAUUGAUGUUUAUCAACUGGCAGUAACUGGUUCUGAUUAUAUUUGCUGAAACUGAAGUUAACGACGACUCAUUCCUUAUGCCCUCUCCCCCCAUCCCUCCUCAAACAGAGGCUUAACAGUAACCUCAGAUCUCAUCUGGUGAACAGAAACAAAUGUUAAGCAACUGUCAUCUCACUCAUGAUUUACUUAUGCUAAUUGUCUCUUCAAGUACGCCAGAAAACAUUAGCAGUGUAAUUAAUUUACCAGUGAUCCCCAUGAUGAAAUACCAAAUUCUCCUAUGGGAAAUUACUGUGCUCUCUUCUGUACGACUUACAGUCAAAUAAGUCUCAAACUCAUUUCUCUGGCUAGAUCUUUAUACAUUAGUCAUGGGUGAUUAUGAUGAGUCAAUUUGCAGACCGUAAUCUAAAAACUCUGAAAGGCUUUCUAAUUAUUUUCUUAGCUACAUAAAUGCAGACUACCUAGCAAAAGCACCUUAUUCUCAACAGAAAUAAUUAACAUCCGUGUUCUAUAUUCUAACAAUGCUAAAUUAUGUUCAAGUCUGAGAAGUUCAUCUGGAGUUAAUGGCAUCUCAGUAGGCAAGUAUCAUUUCCACCCCUCAGUCUUCAGACAAGGAGGUGGAAGCCCCAAAACCACACUGCAGAGACCAGCAAGUUUUGCCUCAAGUCAGAUGAGGUCUAGGUGGCCUUGGCCUUGUGGAACAUGAAGUGAGAAAUUUGUGUAUCCUUCCCCUUGGCUCCAUACUGGUCAGUCUAGCUGCACAGAUUAUAGGAACGUAGAUGGAGCAAUGUGCUUAACCACAAAGUGACUGAGCAGAUAAACUGAGCCUAGGAAUCAGUGAUUGUUCCUUGGCUAAUGUUUCCUGGUCUCCAGGGAGCCUCCCAUUUGCUGUAGUUUGCAUGCUAAGAAAGCAACUGCAGCAGAAAAUACAAGAAUACCUUUAAGGUUGGUUAGGGACAUUCUUAUUUGGGUAUUAGCAGGGAAAAAAUGGGGAGAUGCUUAUCAGUGAUUGUUUUAGGUUCUUCUGUUAAAAAAAAUGCACCAUGAGUGUGAGUACUGGGAUCAUUAAUGGAAGUAGUUGGCAUUAUUUAACCAAAACACAAUGCUGCAAAUGGUUCACAGUAAUUAGCAAAAUGUAAUGGGCUCUGAUUUAAAAUGUUAUUUAAUAAGUAUAGAUUUUAACUGAGAAUUAUCUUUGAGUAAAUAUAAUCACGAAGUGCAUUAACUCUUGUUGGAAUAUUUUGUGGCUAUUCCAAAGUAUAGAGUGCCUAAAUUUUAUGUUGAAAAUGUCUUUCAAGAUUGGUAUUAAGUUUUUUGAAAUUGCACAUGGCUUUUAAAAUUUCUAAUGUAUCCAAGAUAUGCAGUAUCGUUAGGAUCCUGUCUUUCAAUGCAUGAGAAGCUAUCAACCUCUGAACAUUCUAUGUUAAUGUAUCUGCAAGAACAGCUCAGGCACCCAAGAAGAAAUGAAGCCCAAAUAAAACUUGAACAUGCACCUUAAAAUAAUAUAUACAUAUAUAUACUUUUUGAAAUGUGAUCCUGCUUGAUUUUGAUGGAGUGUCCAUUAAAUACACAUUUUGAAAUAA